GCAAGGACACUCAAGUGUCCCUGGGACACAGCGGAUCACUGAUCAUUGUAAAGAGCGGAUGACAUCAGCUCUGUCAUGUGAUAAGCUGUGUCCAAUCACAGCUGAUCACAUUGGACAUCUACACUGAUGAUCACAGCCCUGAUGAUCAGUGUAGCCCCAUCAGUGUCAUCUGUCCGUGCCCAUCAAUGCCACAUACCAGUGCUCAUCAAUGCCACAUAUCAGUGCCUACCAGUGCACAUCAUAGCUACAUAUCAGUGCCCAUCAGAGCUGCCUUUCUGUGCUGCCUAUCAGUGCCAGUCAGUAUCGCCUAUCAGUGCCAGUCAGUGCUAUCAGUGCAUGUCAGUGCCACCUAACAGUUCCAAUCAGUGUCGCCUAUUAGUACCAGUCACUGUCACCUAUCAGUGCUGCCUAUCAGUGCCAUAUAUGAGUGCUGCCUUUCAG